AAAAGAAGUGUGUUACGUUGAAGUGUUGCUGAGAACGUUAACUGUGAAUACAAAAUUCACCUGAAGUCUUAUCAACAGGUUAACCCCUUUCCCUUAAUAAGAACAUUUCGAUGCUGUAGCUGCCUGUAUUCCCCGCCAGAAUCCAUGUCUUUCUUGCGUUGGGUAUCAGAGAAACUGAGUGUGGAGAGCCUGAGGGACCUGGAGUUGUUUGGAGAGCAAUCUCAGACAAGUCCUUUCAGGAAAGCCUAUGAAGACAGCUGUGAGUCGCUGAGUCCUCCUCCACACAGGGACACCAUGGGAAGUUUCCUGCCCGACAGCAGCGAGUACGAGCUGCUCGCCGUUAUCGGCCGGGGCCUGGAGGACCUGAUGACCGUUAAUCUGGCCAAGUAUAAGGCUACAGGGGAACACGUGGCCAUUCGACGCAUAGAUCUGGAGUCGUGCACAAACGACAUGGUUAAUUACCUACAGGGUGAGCUCCACGUGUCAAAGCUGUUCCACCAUCCCAGUAUCCUCCCAUACAAGAGUGUCUUCAUAGCCGAGAAUGAACUGUGGGUGAUUACUCCCCUCAUGGCGUAUGGCUCAGUUCGUGACCUGAUUAGUACACACUUCACUGAGGGGAUGAGUGAGUUAACCAUCGCUUACAUCCUCCACGGAGUCCUCAGAGCACUGGAAUACAUCCACCAUAUGGGCUACGUACACCGGAGUGUGAAGGCGAGUCACGUUCUGAUCUCAGCUGACGGGCAGGUGUAUUUGUCUGGUCUGAGAAGCAUCUUCAGUCUGAUCCGUCACGGUCAGAGAGCUAAAGUGGUCCAUGACUUCCCCCAGUACAGCGUCAAAGUUCUGCCCUGGCUCAGCCCGGAAGUGUUACAGCAGAACUUGCAGGGGUACGACUCCCGCUCCGAUAUCUACAGCGUGGGAAUCACCGCCUGUGAACUGGCCAAUGGCCACGUGCCCUUCAAAGACAUGCCCGCUACUCAGAUGUUGUUGGAGAAGUUGAACGGCACGGUUCCUUGUCUGCUCGACACCAGCACCAUCCCCCCGGAGGAGCUGAGCAUGAAACCGUCUCGGUCGGGGGCCGACUCGGGCAUCUGCGAGGGCCCAGGGGCCGGGGGGGGCCCCCGUCACGCUAACGGAGAGGCCUCCUCCUCCUCGGCGGGUCACCCCUACAACCGCACCUUCAGUCCCAGCUUUCACGCCUUUGUGGAGCUCUGUCUGCAGAGAGACCCCGAGAAGAGGCCCUCCGCUACCUCCCUGCUGAGUCACUCCUUCUUCAAACAGAUGAAGCGGCGGCCGUCGGAGGCGCUUCCCGAGCUGUUGCGUCCGGUUCUGCCCAUUAGCAGCGUGGAGUAUUCCCAACCCCAGGACUCCCCCUCGGGCCUGGCCAGCCUAGAGUCAGGCCUCAGCCACCUGGACGUGGACGACUGGGACUUCUGACAGCAGUGGACGGUGCGGGGGGUGGGGGCGAGGGAUGGACGGGGGACAGACGACGGAAGCGUAGGCGGACUUCCGGAUGCCGUUCGAAAAAAGAGGGAGAGACGGAAACGUGUUAAGAUGAAUGGACGGGAAUGAUGGAUGAUCGGGAAAGACUGAGUGGUUAACAUGGAGCUGUGACAUUGUUGGGGGAAAAAAAAGGAAAGCAUGAAUGGAGAGGGAGUGUGUGUGUGUGUGUGUGAAGUGUUCCUUUUUCUAAAAGCCUCUCAAAGGGAUUUCUAAGCUUGACGUCAUUGGUGUCUGUAAAUAAUUGAAAAACGUAAAAAGAUUGUCUUUUUUUUUUUU